AUGCGUUUUUGUUGCGCAGGACUAGCCGUUGUGACUGCACACGGCUACGUCACCGAACGUGACAGGAAGUUAUCAGUAGCUAACCGUCAGCUGAUAGAGCAGCAACAACAUCUACAGCUCCGACGGUCAAAGAUGGCCUACCCUAAAUCCCACAACCCAUUUGCAGAUGAUGACGAUGAGGAAGAUUUUAAGCCUAAAAGUAAGGGGUUUGAUGAUGACCCCGAUGACAGUGGAAUGAGUGAUGCAGAGAGGAGGCAGCGGUACCUCCAGCAGGAAGUGAUGCGUACAGCCCAGUCUGCUGUGGACAGCAGUUACCGUUCACUUGGUCUCAUUCAUGAAUCAGAGAAGAUGGGCGUGGAAACUGCUGAGGAGCUGAUGCGACAGGGGGAGGUUCUGAAGAGGACAGACAAGAUGUUGGACAACAUGGAUCAGGAUCUGAAGACCAGCCAGAAGCACAUUACCAGUAUCAAGAGUGUGUGGGGUGGUCUUGUCAAUUACUUCAAGGGCAAGCCGGAGACAAAACCACCACCUGAGCAGCCAAACUCAUACGAGGCCAGUGACAGAUUACAGGGUGCCUUGUCCAACAGCAGAGGAUAUGAAGAUAGGUACCAAGCCAGCCACCCCAACCUUAGAAAGUUGGAUACAGGAGGAUUUGGAGCCUCUGCAUCACUAGAUGACAGCUCAUCUAGCCAGAAUGGAUACCCUAAGAACAGACAACUGAGGGAGGCUCACCAGACCCUGGACAACAACUUAGAUGAUAUGUGCAGUGGCUUGAGCAGACUGAAGAACCUCGGUCUUGGUCUCCAGGCUGAGAUUGACAGCCAGGACGACUCUAUUGAUGCUCUGCUGAAUAAAGCGGACAAGAUGGAUUUGAAGAUCGGCAACACAAACCAACAGAUUAAGAACCUCAAAUAAAAACAAACACUUGGACUUAUGUCACAGAGGCAAAAGACAGCAACAGGUCAUCCCCUCACUUGGCUUUCCACCCUGGCCUCUGUUGAAUAUACUUUGUGUUCUUUGAUUUUGCUAUGAUUGUGUUAUGGAUGGGAACAUAUAACUCUUGCUGAUAUGCAAAUGAGCCUGUUGUUAUCCAUAUUGUUUUUUAUCUUGUAUGACUGAAAGGUCAUUUACCAUUCAUUUCUGUUUCAAGUUUGCCCAUGAAUCUAAGUUUGUGUAGAAUGUUGUCCUGCCACUUCACUGAUUUUUCUGCUUAUGUGCUUUUGAAGGAAAGACUCUAUUACAUUUGUAUAUUAGAUGUAAGUCUGUCUAAGCUGUCCGUUCUCCCCAUCAUUAUCCACCACACUUCCAUCUGUAUAGAACGUGCUGAAUUUGAUUGAUUCGAUCAACUUUUCUUGAUGCCCAAAGACACACACACAGGUCUGCUCAUCAUUCAGGCAGAACAGAUGAAUGGUUUGACAAAUGAGGAACUAAUAAUGAAUAUUUCAUUAGAUAUAUAGGAACACGGCAUAUGUCUAAAACUGGGAUGUUCUGUCUGUAUGGUUCACAUGUCUAUUUUCUGGACCUGCCUUCAUGUAUGUACAAAAACACUUUGGAUGUCUUAUUCAAGUCACUUUUGCCUUACAGAUCAUUUGUAUGAACACCUUUUGGUAUUGUCCCAUGAUUCUGGUGUUUUCUUGCUAUGAGAUGCUUCACAUUGUUGGAUUUAAGUUUGUCUCUGUUCCUCACUGCUUUCCCUGGCUUUAUACGCAUUUUUUUAUUGGUGUAUGUAUUAAAUACUGCAGAAUGUGACUGAGUGAAUGGUUGUACAGCAACAAAAACAAUGUGAACAAGCUAGCUGUGGAUAUAAAACCUCAAAACCGAAAGAAUAUCCCCAUUAUUAAAAUAAUAUAUCCUCCCCAGCAUACAUUCAUGAGCAGGUUGAACCACUACCACGUUUAUGAGUUACAACAAAAUGCUAUUAUAUUGAAGAAAAGUAUGUCAUGUAUUCUAAUCAAAGCCUCAAUAAAGUCAUUUGUAAGGGGA